AGGUCCGAAAUGGGAGCGUACCUGUGCAUAGCAACCAAUGGCGUGCCGCCUUCUGUUAGUAAAAGGAUCAUUGUCGAUGUUGAAUGGGGUGAACCAGAGCACGGAUACCACUACAUCACUGACACUAUCAUACCCUACCACAGUACACAGGACAAACGGUAUACACCAUUUUUGCAACUGGGCUGGUUUCAUAAUUUCCAGUCGAUAUGAGGGU